GUGUGUGUGUGCAGCUCGGCUGGCCUCCCCCUCCGCACUUGAAUGGACUAGAUGUUCCCAGCCGCGUAAGAAAAGCACAGCGUGCGCGCGCGAGAGAGAGAGAAGAGAGGGAGAGAAAGAAGAGAAGAGAGAGAGGGAGGAUGUCCUGCUGAAUCAAAGGAGAGGCCUGGGGAAAGUCGGUCGGCCGGUCCCUAUCCUUUCCUUUUACAGCAGCUCGCGCACAAGACAGACGACACUUUCUUUUCUUUUUUUAAAUAUUUUUUCUUCCUGCCACCUGGAGAGAAAAAAAAGACGAGAGGAAGAAAAAAAGACGAGAGGACGUCCGACUCCACCGGGCGCACAAAAAGAGCCGCAGCGUUUCGUCUUUUUUCUUCUUCUUUUUACCGGAUGUUUUUUCUUCUUCUUCUUCUCCCGUUUUGUGUGUAGAUGACAGUCGCCGCGCAUGGAUAUGAUCCCCGGGGGAACAAGGCCGUGUGCACUGACCUGGUUCUAGUUAGCCGAGUAAGCUAACUAGAUAGCUCCUGCACCUGCUAGCCAUCAUUUUUGUCUUGUCAAAUUUAGGCUAAAUUAAGCGACUUAUAUCUAAAGCGUGCACAACUUGCUUUUACAUUUAUAUACAUAUAUAAAUAUAUAUUUAACUUGAGCAAUUUUUGUUGCCAGGUGAUUUUAAAUUGUUUCCGUUUUAUGAAACGUGCCAUAAACCAUUAACCGGUACAAGAGAAGCUAGCACACAAGCUGCCGGUCGACUGAACGCCGCUUUCAUUCAUUGUAAAAAAUAAAUAUAGAAAUAUAUAUAUAUAUUUAAAAAGGUGACUUUUUGGUCUCCUUUUGUUACGGUCUCGCGCUGCUCACGUGCAUGUAAUUGCAGCAGGUUUGUAGAAACGUUUUUUUCUUCUUCAGGCAACCCUGCCAUUUUAAAAACCCGGUCGUGUCUCAUGAAUGGAAAACAAAGGGGGGCAAACGAACAGUUGAACUCUGCAACAUAAAAAUAUAUAUAUAUAUAAUUACAGAGCAUUUUUUUUCUUUUUUCUUGAAUGCAAACCAACGACCCAGCUUUGCCACAUUCCCCUGCAGCCAGGAGCACUUACACGUUUCCUUCUUGAAAACAACAAAACACUUCAUUCAAGAUUUCCUCACAAAAGCGGGACGAUUGCACAAGAGUUCACAACUGAAAGUGGUGCCUUAAUCGAGGAGGAGGAGAAGAUCAAAGAAGAAGAAGAAGUCGACUCCACCAAACCCCAUAUUUUGUGGAAGUUUAUCGCACUUAAUUGUCCUCAUGAACAUACAGAGGUCAACUCCAAUUAACAUUUCACGUUAUGGGCGAUCGAGGCACAAAUCGCACGAUUUCGAAGACUUGUCUUGCCUGAGGACCACCGAGUCGCACCAGAGCUUCAGCCCCAACCUCGGGUCCCCCAGCCCGCCGGAGACCCCGGACUCCUCGCACUGCAUCUCGCGCAUCGGGGACUACCUUUUGUUGGAGCCGCUGGAGGGAGACCACGUUUUCAGAGCCGCCCACCUGCACAGCGGGGAAGAGCUCGUAUGUAAGGUUUUCGACGUCGGCCGAUACCAGGAGUCUCUGGCGGCCUACUUCGCCCUGGGCCAGCACCAGCACAUCAACCAGAUCCUGGAGAUCCUGCUCGGGGAGACGAGGGCCUACGUGUUCUUCGAGAGGAGCCACGGCGACCUGCACUCCUUCGUCCGCACCUGCAAGAAGCUGCGGGAGGACGAAGCCGCCCGGCUCUUCUACCAGAUCGCCUCGGCCGUGGCGCAUUGCCACGACGGCGGGCUGGUCCUCCGCGACCUCAAGCUGAGGAAGUUCGUCUUCAAGAACGAGGACAGGAGCCUCGUGAAGCUGGAGAGCCUCGAGGACACGUACAUCCUGGAGGGCCCCGACGACUCGCUGUCCGACAAGCACGGCUGCCCGGCGUACGUCAGCCCCGAGAUCCUCCACGCCAACGGCAGCUACUCGGGGAAGGCGGCGGACGUGUGGAGCCUGGGCGUCAUGCUGUACACCAUCCUGGUGGGCCGCUACCCGUUCCACGACGUGGAGCCCGGCUCCCUGUUCGGCAAGAUCCGCCGGGGCCACUUCAGCGUCCCCGAGACGCUCACGCCGAAGGCCAAGUGCCUGAUCCGCUCCGUCCUGCGCCGGGAGCCCGCCGAGCGCCUCACCUCCCGGGAGAUCCUGGAGCACCCGUGGUUCGCCUCCUCCGGGGCGCUGGGGGGCGCGGCGGCGGCGGGGGGGGCGGGGGGGGGCCGGGGCGAGCGCGAGCCGGAGCAGACGGUGCCCGAGGUGAACAUGGAGGAGGAGCUGGAGCAGUACUUCAGCUGAGCGGAACAGCCAAGCACAACAACGACGACGACAACAACAACAAGGGACGACUCCGCCGCGGUCGGCUCGCAGCAGAGAGCCGACGACGCUAGUUUAGAGGUUAUUGGUGGACGUGUGUCUCGUGUAAAGGUCGUUUACAUCCCCCGUUUCCUUUCUCCAGCAUUUCAUGGAAAACCUUAAAGUCCGGCGUGGCGGAUGGCGUCUCCACGGCAACCCGGCGAUGUCGCCGCCGGACACGCAAGUUGCAAACAAUGUAGCAAAUGUUUGUUUUUGAUCUUCUUCUUUUGUGUUUAAUGUGGUGCCCGUAAACAAGUAGACACAUUCAACUAUCUUUUUUUGUUUUGUUGACACUAUGGAAAGCAUGAAGGGACAAAAGAACACGGGAGGAACCCAGGAAGAACGACUCAAAGCCGACCGACGCGGUGCAACGCCACACCUUCUAAUAGAUUUUGUUUAUUUCGUUUUUUUUGUUAUCGCUUUUUAGGCGUUUCCAAAGUGAACCACAGACCCAGGGUCAGCUCGAUACAACACGACCCAGGAAUAAAUGGAGCAGCGUAGGCUUUCUUUCCUUCUUUCCUCCUCAUGAUUUGGCGUCGUCUUCCGUUUAAAGUUUUUCGUUCUGUCCUCUCGUUUUUUCUCACACGGUCACUGAACGCCUCACGCGCCUUUUUUUUCAUUUUAUUUACCACACUUUCAAAAACAUGUCUUUUUUUCAUUUUUAUUUUUUCAUGAAGCUAUUCCACAGUGUUGCUCCCGCUGCUCUUUACAUCACUCCCGAAAACCUCAACCGCUUUUUUUCCCUUUUCGGACCGCCUCCAACGAUGACAUCAUGCACUCUGAGUUGGCUCCGCCUCCGAGAAAGAAAGAAGAAAAAUAUCCGCUUCCUCUUAUUUAAAUUAAUUCUUCAGUUGUAGGAACGAGAACGUAACAUUUAUUUAAAUUGUAACAGCUAUAUAUAUAUAUUAUAUAUAUAUUAUAUAUAUAUAUAUGAAUAAAUAUCUAUUUAAAACUACAUCACAGGGUUUUUCUUUAUUCAGAUUCCUUCUUCAUGUACGAUGUCGGCAAUAUCGUGACACAGGACAGACACAGAGGAACAUGUCUCGCUCUUCUUCUUCUUCUACGCCAGUAUUCCAGCGCCGCCCGGUCCCUCUCUGGUUUUUUCUUUUCUCAAAGCUCGAUACAAGAGAUAUUCAGUGAUGGUAUCGCCGCGACAUGACCUCGUGUGGGGGGGCGGGAACCGGCGGACAUGUUGUCGUAGCUCAAUGUUACUUGACUUGGUGUUUGUGUCUAGUCAUUGGCAUGUGCCCCAUGAAUGCUAUAGGGGGGGGGGGGGGGUGCUUAUUUUUUAGGAUAUAUAAUUUUAGAAAACACGACACUUCUCAAUUUGCUACUUUGAUUUCUUUUCAUGAAAUGAAAAAAAAAACGUUUUUGUAGACUUGAGCUACGUUUUUAUUUAAGUUGGUGCUAAUGUUUUCGUCCUUUUUGUUUCAUGGGGGGGAUGGAGGGGGGGGGGUGCAUGGUGGGAUAUCUGCCUUCAGAUGUUCUGAUUGUAUUGUAACAGAUUCUGGUGUGUUUGUCCAAAAUUUAUUCAGUAAAUAAAUUGUGAACUGCUGUUGGACUUUGUUGUUGUUGUUGUUUUUAUCUUCUUUUUUCACACGGAUUAAAGAAGCUAUGAUGCAG